AUGUUAAAGAUCAUCGCCUUUGGUUUGUGUCUUGUCCUCACGGUGAAUGCCGAUUUUUUUGACGGUCUCAACCUGAGGAGCAAUUGGUAUAUCCAAGUCAAUGGGCAGCUAAAAUGCGAUGGAAAUCCGAUCGCCGGGAUGGUUGAACUGUACGACAUUGAAAGUAAGGCAUAAGGUAAUUUUUGGAUGAAUAUUCAGUUGGUCCCACCUUCACAGCCAAGGAUUACGAUCUGCUGAACAAAACGGUAACCAGUGACGACGGUAGAUUUGAGCUGUAUGGAAGUGAAAUGGGAUAUGUUGGAUUCCAACCAAUCCUUCGAGUUUUUCAUAAAUGUCAUUGUGAGUUUCAUCAAAAUCUACAAGUUGCGGGUUGGGCUCUUGCAGUGAAAGUCUCUGCGUUAGAAUAACACCCAAACUACAGACAUAUUAUGUCUAAUUUUAGCACAAGUGGCACGCGAAUUAUGGGUUACAAUUCCCUUUUGGCAAGUCCACACUGACGAUGAGCCCGGUCAGAAUUAUCCUACAGUAAUUGAGCUUGGAUCGGCAUAA